AUGAAGACCUCGCAUCUCCUAUUAUCGCUCGUCCCGACGACGCUGGGCCUCGCCGUCGAGACCGAACAAAUACCACCCGCCGUCGCUCCUAGUCCAUCGGUGCCAAACACCACCCCGCCCGCUCCGUUGCCAGAAGUCCAAGUUCCCUCGCCUCGAGAACAUGGAUUCGCCGUGCCGUUCCAAGCUCGCCAGAUGCAGCCGGCUGCCGUACAACCGGCCGACGUGACGGUCACCGUUGCCGCGGAGGACCCUCUUCCAACGACAGUUCCCGAUCAAUGGCUGGAGCCUUCGCGGGGGAAUAUCGGGCUGAGAGCGUUGGCUGCCCCGCCGGGCGUGACAAAGUCGCUACGAGCACGGAGUGAAGGAACCCUUGGCCAAACGCCAUGGAUUGGCAUGGCCAUUGGAUUGACCUGUACGGCACUUGCUGCCGUGAUGCUGGGGUGA